AUGAAUAAUAGUAGUAAUAAUAUAAGAAAUGAUCAAGACAAAUCAUUAAAUGAAAAUAAAAAUUUUGAUAAUAAACUUAAAAUGUAUGUAGAUAAUUUUAAUAUUAAGCAAUAUAAUAAGUAUAUAUCAUUAUUUCAAUUAAUGCAUUCAAAACCAUAUAUUCUGGAUCCUUUAAUUUAUGAUUCUAAAAAAAUACUAGAUAAAUUUAUUCCAAUAAAUGGUAGAUUUACUGCUAAGGCAUUAUGUAAAUUAUUUGCAUUUGUUAAUAACCAAUUUUUUUUUCCAUCAUAUAUUAUUAAUAAAAUAAGAAAAAAAUAUACUAUUGAUAAAAGUAUAGAAGCUUUAAUAUUAACUGGAGCUAUGAGUAGAACAUGGGGCAUGGGAUUUCAACUUUUUGAAUGUGAAUAUAAUGCUGAUAUUAAUGAUGAAUUUAAUUUAUAUAAAAAAAAAAACAAAAAGAAAUAUAAAACAAAAAAUGUAUCUUCUAAAAAAAAAAAAAAUAAUAAUAAAAAAAAAAAAAUUGUAGGAUAUGGACAAUCAGAUUUUUCAGGAUGUUUGGCUUUAUCAUUUCCAGAAAUUGAUUUAUCUAUCACUAUACUUUUAUCUGACAUAUUUAAAGGAGCAGAUGUAUGUCAUCUCUUAUUAGAAUAUAUAUUAAAAUUGUAUGGACUGAAGCCUCAAUGGAAAGUGCCUAUAGAAAUGUCUGAACUUGUCAAAGCUUUUUGA